AUGAAUUAGGAGGAGGAAAAAAUUGGAAAUAUCAAUAUCAAUAAUGGAUUAAUUGACUCAUUAGAAAUUAGAACCUAAGCUGAGUCCAUUAAUUCUUCUAAGAACUCUAUAUCUACUUAGUCAGUUGGAUAAUAGAGCAAAUCUUAGAAUAAACGAAGAUUAUUUGAAAUUUACGCAUGUUUUUUUAUGAUCUGGAAUUACUGCACUGGCGAUUAUCUCAUUUACAAUCUAGCAUUUCUUGAGUUAGAGCCAGUAUUUGAGUGUGAGGAGAGAUCAAAAAUAGCUAUGAUAGGUGCUGCAUAUUUUAUUGGUUAUUCCUUGUCAUGUUUGUUUGUACCAAGACUAUCAGAUAUUAAAGGAAGAAGGAUUCCUUACCUGAUGUCCAAUCUAAUCUAGCUUUUUAUAUAUUUUGGAAUCCUUUUCGCGACCACUGUUGAUUAAAUAAUCGUUUUUAUCCUUAUAUUUGGUUUAUGUGGUCCUGGAAGAUCUAUAGUAGGCUAUCUUUAUCUUCUAGAGUUAGUUCCUAAGGAUUGGAAAUACUAUAUAGGCACUUUGAUAUCUUGUGCAAAUACCUCAACAUUUGUUUUUUCGAGCUUUUUCUUCUGGUACGCUAGCAAAAAUUCUGAAUACUUGAUAAUCUUUGGACUAAUAUCAACCCUAUUCACACUUACUGCAAUAUAUUAAAUACCAGAGUCUCCCAAAUACUUAAAAAGUACUAAUUAGCUGGAAAAGCUUGAAAAAACUUUAGCUUAUAUAGAUAGAUUUAACAGAUCUAAAGAAAUUAAAGCUAAUGAGAAUAUGGCUGAACAGGUUGUGAACAUUCAAGAUAUAAAUAUAGAUAUAGAUUCUGAAAGAACCAAUCAACAUCAAAUUAAUAAAAAUGUAUAGCUAAUUAAGAAAUAGAAGAAAAUACCUAAAAAAACGGCAUUGUUACAUUACAUGCUUAAAGAUAAAGUUCUUCUGAUGAAUUUGCUCAUUAUGACCAGUAUAGUGAUCUCAAGCUAGUUCAAUUAUUUCCUGAUUGCAUUUAAUAUAAAAUACUUACCAGGAAACAUAUAUCUGAAUAUAAUAAUAUCAGCCAGUGCUGAGAUAGUAUUUCUGCUUUUGUCUAGUCUAUUUAUUAAGGCUUUUGGACUAAAGAAAUCAUUUAUUAUUGGAUUUUCAGUAUCUUUAGUAGGUUCUUUUACUCUAAUUUUUUACUCUGAACAUCAUGGAUUUAUAUCAAUUUUAAUAAUCUUGCUAACAAGAGUGGGAAUGGCUUCAAUCAUGAAUGCAUCUUAUCUAGGAUUCUCAGUACUGUUUCCUACUUAGUACUCACAGACUUCUUUUGGAUUUGCUAAACUGAUGGGGAGAGUUGUUACUAUAUUUGCACCUUUUAUUGCUGAAUUAGACUCUCCGAUUCCUAUGAUAGCAUUUACAAUUCUGACGAUAAUUGGGCUUAUUUCAACUAUUUUUAUCAGGAUUGAUGGUAAACUCGACAUGUCAGUCGAGAUAAUCAAUGAAAAAGGAGUACCAUAAAAUGAAUGA